AUCCUCUUCGGGUAUCGCCCCCCCAGAAGCUCGGCAGCAGACUGCCUCCUCAGCGUCUUCCAAAUGACGAACGAGACCCUAAAUAUCUGGACGCAUUUUGUGCCUGCCUGCCUCGCCUACCUGCUGACCUGCUGCAUCUACCCCCUCGCCUCCAGCUGCGCCCACACCUUCAGCACCAUGUCCACCCGCGCCCGGCACAUCUGCUACUUCUUCGAUUACGCGGCUCUCAGCAUGUACAGCUUGGGGUCCGCGCUGGCAUACUCGGCGUACGUUUUCCCAGCAGAAUGGGUCAGCAGCACUUUCCACCACUGCUACGUCCCCGUUGCGGUGUUUAACACCGUGGUUAGCACCAGUCUGUCCUGCUAUUCCAG